UAGAUGAGUUGCAAUUGUCCACUUAGUGCAAACACUGGACCAACUUUGGCCUCAACAUGUGGUGGUGCAUCUUUUUUGGUUUUUAUGAGCAUUCUCGAAUCGUUUAUACGCAGACAAUGUGACCUGGCAGAUCCUUGUAAUCGCCCUUUGAAUAGAGAGUCACCGAAUUCAAGAUAUGAUUUUGUGGUAAUUGGAGGAGGAAGUGGAGGAGGAACAGUUGCGUCAAGAUUGUCAGAGAACAGGAAUUUCUCAGUUUUGUUAAUCGAAGCAGGACAUGACGAACCAGCAUGGACGCGAGUACCAUCAUUUUUCUUAAAUUUCAUGCACUCUGAUAUCGACUGGCAAUAUACAACCGAAAGUGAAGAUCAAGCCUGCCUCAAUAGUAAAGAUCAAAAAUGUUAUUGGGGACGAGGAAAGGUUUUAGGAGGGUCAAGUGUCAUGAAUGGAAUGAUGUACAUGAGAGGAUCCCGAAAAGAUUUUGAUGAUUGGGAAAAAAUGGGUAACAUCGGUUGGUCUUACCAGGAUGUGUUGCCAUAUUUUAUCAAGAGUGAAAAUAAUUUACAAUUCAACGAAAUGGAUUCUGGAUAUCAUGGUACGGGUGGACCUCUUCCAGUCACUCAAUUUAAUUUUCAUCCUCCCCUCAGUUUCAGUCUUCUCGAUGCUGGAAAGGAAUUAGGCUACGAUACAGUGGAUUUGAAUGGUAGGAACCACACUGGAUUCGCAAUUGUUCAAACUACAACAAAAAAUGGUUCCAGGUUCUCCGUGGCUCGAGCUUUUGUCCAACCUGCCAGAAAUCGUCCAAAUUUUCACGUGAUUUUGAACUCGACUGUGACCAAAAUUAUUUUUGAUGAAAAGAAACAAGCCGUGGGUGUUGAAUUUGUUCGUAAUGGAAAAUUACAACGGGUUGGUGUUGACAAAGAAGUCAUCGUUAGCGGAGGGGCAGUCAACUCACCACAGAUACUUUUGAACAGUGGGAUUGGACCAAGGGAGGAUUUGGAAACUGUUGGAGUUCCAGUAGUUCAUGAUCUUCCUGGAGUUGGAAAAAAUUUACACAAUCAUGUUUCCUAUCCUCUAAGUUUCACUAUUAAUGAAACAGCUAUUGAUGUACUCAACUGGGCCAAUGCUAUGGAAUAUAUGCUUUACAGGAAUGGACCCAUGUCUGGGACAGGACUUUCGGGAGUAACAGCAAUGAUAAAUACAAAGUACGCAGAUCCUCAAGAAGACCAUCCAGAUAUCCAAUUAAUUUUUGGAGGAUAUUUGGCUGGUUGUUCAGAAACUGGAACUGUUCAGGGAAAAAAGGGUUCAAAAACAAAAAUUAGCAUCUACCCAACUGUUCUCCGUCCAAAAAGCAGAGGAUAUCUUAAGCUGAAUAAUUCCGAUCCUCUUUCAAAACCAACGAUACAACCUAAAUAUUUGCAACAUCUGGACGAUGUUGGUGCUCUCAUUGAAGGAAUUAAAUUUGCAAUUCGAUUGGCCGAAACUCAAAGUCUCAAGGCUUAUGGCUUAGAGUUGGAUAAGACCCCAUGCAAAAAUUGUGAGAACCUAGAAUUCGGAAGUGAUUCCUUCUGGGAGUGUGUUGUAAAACAUGAUACAAAUCCAGAAAAUCAUCAAGCUGGUUCCUGUAAAAUGGGACCUCCAUCGGACCCACUGGCAGUUGUUGAUAAUGAAUUAAGAGUCAAGGGCAUUCAAGGUGUCAGGGUUGCCGAUGCCAGCAUAAUGCCUCAAGUUACUUCUGGAAAUACCAAUGCCCCCACGAUUAUGAUAGGCGAAAGAGCUGCAGAUUUUAUCAAAGACACUUGGAAUUCAAAGUCUAUCGAAUGUUAAUCCCCCAAUCAUCAACUUCGUAAUCAUGGACCGUGAUGCCUAAUGCCUUAAAUUGAUAGGGUCAUUUUAAAAAUAUUGACCUCCAUUUUAUGAAUUUUC